CAGACAACAAAUUUUCCAUUCAUCCCCACCGUUGCAGUUAAUUGCAUUGUACUUGAAGGAUGAACGGAGCGACAAAGAAUCGCAGCGAGCGUGUUUCGGGCUCACUCCUCCCAUCGCGGAGGAAUACUUUCUCGUCCUUUGCGUCGUCGCUUGUGAUGGUGCUGCUAAUGAUGUUGCUUGUAUCUCUUCCCGUAGCGGAAGGAUCCGUCAUUCGAUCUGGAUUAACACUAGCGUUUGGAAAGAAGUCAUUGUCAGGAGACGGCGUCAACGGCGAUAAUGAGGCCCAUGCAACAAAGAACCUCAAACCCGAUAGCAGAAAGAAGCGCAAGCRCAAGAAAUAUACUUUGGAACACAAGAAGCGAUCAGACAUAUUUGCAGCUACGAAGAGUCCGCCCGACAAGAGACGAAACAAAGGCUGGAACCAACAGCAGCAUUUGCGGCAGCAUGUGCAUAUGAACGUCGAUGUCCACAUGGAUGUGAACGGAAAGGAAAACUUUCCCCUGUCGUCGCCUGUGUGGAGCCAGAGCCACAGUCACAAUCCGAACCAGCAAGAAAGCAGUAAUAACAACAAUAAGCAGCAGCAACAGGGGUUCCCCGCAAUGGGGUUCCUCUUAACCGCCGGUGGUAUGGGCGGGAAACGAUUCUUUUUGCGCCAACAACUCCAAAGAUUACAGCAGGCGAUUGCGAUUCCGUCCUCGCUGGCUCUUCCGUCGGGGGUAAUCACCGCCCGCAAUGGCAAGCUCCUGGCAGCCGCCACAGUUCUGGUGGGAACCACCCGCACGCUCCUACRCGAUCGCGAAACAAUCGAGCGGGCCGCCACCUUUUGGUACCGCUGCGGUCCGAUGGUAGCACACUACAAGUUUACCAAGUGGUGGCUGAAGGCCAGUGGGGCACCACUGGAGCACCGGGAUGCCGUGUAUAAGACCCUCCACGACAAAUAUGCCCCUACAGCCUACUCGGUCGCCCUUGACCUCAAGGGCCUGUACGUUAAGCUGUGCCAAGUCGCCUCCUCYCGGCCGGACUUUGUUCCCGGCCAAUACCUUGAGCUUUUUGUGAAGGCACAGGAUUCGCUGCCACAGUGGCCCAUCGAGGACGUGACCGCUAUCAUCAACAAAACACUCUCGCAGCUGAACGACAAACACAACACUAAUAACGCCGCUGAUAAUAACAUGCACUAUUCGUACGAAUCUGUCUUUGAGGACAUAGAUGAGAUUGCGCUCGGAUCUGCUAGCAUCGGGCAGUGCCAUAGAGCAAGAAUCAGGAAGGAGUAUGCUCAGGAACUGCUUCAGAGAACUAAUGCCCCAGUGGGCUCCUCCACAGCCGGCACAGUCGACGUGGCCGUAAAAGUCAUGCACCCCGGAAGCGAGGAACGCUUCCGCCACGACUUUAAGGUCUUUCGGUGGCUGUGUAGGGUCGCACUAAAGGGAUGGGAACCCAUCCUGGACGAGUGUUACCGACAAAUUAUGUCGGAAUUCGAUUACCAGAGGGAAGCCGGCUCGCUGGAUGCUAUYCGCACCAACAUGUCGAAGAGCCCCUUUCACGAGUCGAUCAAGGUGCCGAAACCGGUCCUUGGUCUUUGCGGGAAGGAAUUGCUCGUCAUGGAAUUGCUCGACGGACCCAAGCUGUCCGACAGCUUGGAGGGCGAGCUGGCGGAAAUCCUCGGAGAGGAAAAGUCGAAGCAACUACUGGAGCGGAAACGGCUCGAGCUAAUUCUGGGACCGGACAAACUGAAAGCACUCGAAUCGUUGCCGUCGUCAUCGAAUGGCUCGGAGGCACCGACAAGGGAAGCAAUCACAGAAGCUAGUCUACUGAAGGAUUGCGGCCUGAAGACCAAGCUUCGAUUGUUCAGCCUCUACAAGCGAGCACAGAGCACCAUCGAUUUGCUGGUGGACGUCCAGGGGUACCAGAUGCUUCGAGAUGGCAUUUUUCAGGGUGAUCCACACCCAGGUAACAUCUUGGCGCUGCGAGCAAGGGCCCAAUACCCCAACCACAUCGGCUCAAAAAUUCUCGGCCGCACCAAGAACCGCCCGCUGUUGGGAUUGAUCGAUUACGGCCAGACAAAGGCCAUCACCGAUGAGGAGAGGCUGGGGGUGGCCAGGGUGAUUCUGGCCCUGGCCGAAGCUUCCGAUGACGAAGACAUUGCGGGUUCCUCCAUUGCCUCUGUGGGGCGGGUGGAAACCAUCGCCAAGGCAAUGAGGGACCUGGGAUUCGAGACGAAGCGCAAUGACCCGGGAGUAUUGGCACAGUAUGCGGGCCUUUUCUUUGAUUCCGAUGAGGCCGGAAAGCGCCUAUACGACUGCCCGACGCCCCAGACCUAUUUCAAGCUGCUGACCGAGAUGGAUCCCCUCCUCAACGUCCCCGACGUUGCCGUAUUUGUGGCCCGGUGUGGGUUCCUCCUGCGGGGAGCGGGGACAAUGUUGGGAAAGCAGAUACGGACGUCCAAACGGUGGUCCAUCUACGCGAAACAAGCUCUUGAAGAGCACGAAGAGCAGCAAACGAACGGCGAAUAGCGAAUAGUCGAAGAAACGAAAGGAUAUACA